AGGGAGUGAAUGGAUGAAGGUGUGAAGAGGUGAACGAGGGAGUGAAUGGAUGAAGGUGUGAAGAGGUGAACGAGGGAGUGAAUGGAUGAAGGUGUGAAGAGGUGAAUGAGGGAGUGAAUGGAUGAAUGAGGGAAUCAGCUAAUGGCUGAGGGAAUGACUAAACUGGUGAAGGAGAGCGAGAAUGCGUGAAGGUGGAAGGAGAUGAAUGAAUGAGGGAAUGGAGAAGUGGAUGGAUGAACAAAGGGACUAAUAGAUCACGAGUAAAGGAAAAACAAGUGAACAAAAGCAUGGCUGCAGGAAGGAAAGAACGAGUGAGUGAAGGAACGAAGAAGGGUGCAAACAAAUGAACAAGCGGGCAAAUGAGCGAAGGGAGGAGCAACGAAGAGAGCGAAUGGACGCGGGAACAAGCAAGUGAAUGAGACAACGGACAAAUGAAAAAGUGAGGGAAGGAAGGAACGAAAUGAACUAAAUAAAAGAGGGGGAUGGGCAGAGCAAACACGUGGGGGCCACCAAGGAAAGGAGCGAAAGGUGGAGGCGGUGAAGGGCUGAACAAAGGGCGGAUGGACAAAGGAGAGCUGGAGACACCCUGCCAGGGAAGGACGGGAGACGCGGCCGAUCCCCAGCCCCUGAACAGCUCGGGGGGCUGCGGGGGAGAGCCGGAGACAGCCUGCCAGGGAAGGACGGGAGACGCGGCCGAUCCCCAGCCACUGAACAGCUCGGGGGGCUGCGGGGCAGAGCCGGAGACACCCUGCCAGGGAAGGACGGGAGACGCGGCCGAUCCCCAGCCCCUGAACAGCUCGGGGGGCUGCGGGGCAGAGCCGGAGACACCCUGCCAGGGAAGGACGGGAGACGCGGCCGAUCCCCAGCCCCUGAACAGCUCGGGGGGCUGCGGGGCAGAGCCGGAGACACCCUGCCAGGGAAGGACGGGAGACGCGGCCGAUCCCCAGCCACUGAACAGCUCGGGGGGCUGCGGGGCAGAGCCGGAGACACCCUGCCAGGGAAGGACGGGAGACGCGGCCAAUCCCCAGCCCCUGAACAGCUCGGGGGGCUGCGGGGCAGAGCCGGAGACACCCUGCCAGGGAAGGACGGGAGACGCGGCCAAUCCCCAGCCCCUGAACAGCUCGGGGGGCUGCGGGGCAGAGCCGGAGACACCCUGCCAGGGAAGGACGGGAGACGCGGCCGAUCCCCAGCCCCUGAACAGCUCGGGGGGCUGCGGGGGAGAGCCGGAGACACCCUGCCAGGGAAGGACGGGAGACGCGGCCGAUCCCCAGCCCCUGAACAGCUCGGGGGGCUGCGGGGGAGAGCCGGAGACACCCUGCCAGGGAAGGACGGGAGACACGGCCGAUCCCCAGCCACUGAACAGCUCGGGGGGCUGCGGGGCAGAGCCGGAGACACCCUGCCAGGGAAGGACGGGAGACGCGGCCAAUCCCCAGCCACUGAACAGCUCGGGGGGCUGUGGGGCAGAGCCGGAGACACCCUGCCAGGGAAGGACGGGAGACGCGGCCAAUCCCCAGCCCCUGAACAGCUCGGGGGGCUGCGGGGCAGAGCCGGAGACACCCUGCCAGGGAAGGACGGGAGACGCGGCCGAUCCCCAGCCCCUGAACAGCUCGGGGGGCUGCGGGGGAGAGCCGGAGACACCCUGCCAGGGAAGGACGGGAGACGCGGCCGAUCCCCAGCCACUGAACAGCUCGGGGGGCUGCGGGGCAGAGCCGGAGACACCCUGCCAGGGAAGGACGGGAGACGCGGCCGAUCCCCAGCCCCUGAACAGCUCGGGGGGCUUGGCCAGGGAGCCCUGACCCCAUGGAGUCCGGCUGGACCUCACCCCGGCUUUGUUUGCUCGACGGUUAAUAAUUGUCCGUCCCAGCGCCCUGGACUGAGACCUGCUGAGCCACCCCCUGAACGUGGGGACUGCCCGAAACCCUCGAGCCAAAUCCAGGGGCUCCAGAUUUUGGGGGUCUCACCCCCCACUGGGGAUAGAUCCAGGGCUUAUUGGGUCAUCACUGAGUGGGAUUUGGGGGGUUCAGAGGGAGUGGGUCUGGUGAGCCCUGGCUGUGGUUCUUUUGGGAGGACACUGAACCCGUUUCCUGACCCAUCCAGGGAGGGGGCUCGGCCCACAUCCCUGGGGGUGUUAUGGAGAUAAAAGAACCAGACUAGCACCCGCCA